GCAGGGGUACCGCCAGCUGAGAGAGAGACGACGACAAACAUGGCGGCGCAGCUUUUCGGGAAUGUGAUGGAGUUGGUGGGGAUUGCAAUAUGGAGUUUCUACGUGGAAGACGGCGUCUCGUAUGCUGAGGAUGGUGGGCAAGUUGACGAAGACGUGGUCGGCUACUAUGCUAACAUUUGUGCAGGGUGUGUGGACUGGGAAGUAGAUAGUGAGAUGGACCGUGAAGGGGAUGUAGGGGACAGGGAUGAACAUGAGGGGGGGCCUGGAGGAUGGUGCGAGAACCUGAUGGCGCUUUCUUUGCAGGGCGACACCGAGACUGCCGACGCCGUCACUCAUCUGCAGCAGGGUGAUGGAGACCAGGCGGAUGAGUGGGAGGUGGAGCAGGGGUUCUUGGCAGAGGCGGUGGUUGUGAUGGAGGAGAGGCAGGGGAUCGGGGAGAUUGGCGUGAAGGGUGGGAAGGUUGACGACAUUAACAACAUCAGCAACGACGACGAGCAGCAAAUGGCCGAAAUGGGCGAGAUGGGCGAGGAGGAUGAUGACAACAACAACGAUGGGGUCGCUCAUCUGCAGCAAGGUGAUGGAGACCAGGCGGAUGAGUGGGAGGCGGUGCAGGGGUUCAAGAUAGAGGCGGCGGAUGUGGUGGAGGAAAUCCUGGGAAUGGGCGAGAUCGGCGAGAAGGGUUGGAAGGUGGACAUCAACAACAACAACAACAACAACAACAACAACAACAACAACAACAACAACAACGACAACAACAACAAAAACAAAAACAAAAACAACAACAACAACAACAACAACAACAACAACAACAACAACGACAGCAACGAUAACAACUUCGACAACGAUGGCGAGCAGCCUAUGGGCGAAAUGGGCGGGACAGGAGUGAAGGGUGGUGGCAAUAACAAUAACAUCACUGAUAACAACAACGAUGAGGAGGAGGGAUUGGGCAAAAUGGGCGACGAGGGUGUGAAGGACGACAACAACAGCAAUAACAACGGCGAUAACAUCCACAACGAUAACGAAAACAACAACAACAAAAACAACAACAACAACAGCAACAGCAACAAGAACAACAACAACCACGACGACAGCGGCAACGACAGUCACAGGAGCAGCGGGGCAGAGAGGGCCUGCCGUGCAUCCAAGCUCCUGAUGAGCAUCAUGGGGAAGAUGUCGCAAUCAGCGCAGUCGGGGGGAGUAGUAGCUCGUUGGGGUUGGCGAAGUGGGGUUUGUGGUUGAAGGUGCGACUUACUAUUCCCCCCCCUCCCCCCCUCCUAUUCGGUGAUUUCCUAUGCUGAUUCGUGU